UUUCGAUAUCCGCCGAUUAGGAAGCGCCAUGUUGGCUCGCCGGUGAUACGGCUUGUCUCGAUGCAGCCUUCAAAGUUGGUUUGCCGCACGCAUCCACUUGCUAAAUACAGUUUCAUUUUAUGUCACAAAAUAAAACACCAAUAAUAAUUUCUACCAGUUUAAUUUGCUAGGCCAGUAACAAAGAUCUCAAAUAAAACCUACGUAGUAACUUUGAGUGUCAGAUUACCAUCGUUUUAGCCCCAAGAGUAGUGGACCUGGCAACAAGCAACGCUUCAAAACAUACAAGAUGGCGGCCACGUGAAAUCGAAACUGCCCGUGAAACACCUCUCCUCGGAAAUGACAAACGGCUUUGCGAAUAUUUUCCUACCCGUGCAGCUGUGCCAGGGCACGGGGGUGCUUGUAGGAUGCGCGGACGAUGCAGAGACCAACAUCGCGUGUGCAGCGUCGCUUCUGCUGCCCGAAUCUAAAGCGACGAAAGCCACGAUCGACGUGUUCAGGGACUGCCUGGCGCGCAGCUUAGAGCGGUGCGGCGAAUCGUGCUUCGUAGGGCUGCUUACGAGGGGCGACGACCACGUUCGUGCUAGUCGCGCACGCGAAGGAGACGCUCGACUUCUGCAUCCAGGUCGACGACUACGGGAACGUCGUGCAGUCCUUCGUGAGACAGCCCUCGACGAGGACGAUGGUCGUGCUGUACGACGCUCACGUGCUAGAGCGCACGCCUAGCUUUCGAGAGCGCGGCGUCAACGCCUUGGUCGGCUGGUUGCUCGAAUGCCAACAGUUUCGACUACCUGAGAGCGUCGGCUGCACCGCGGACGUCGUGUACGCCAGUUCCGACGCCGAGGAAAUCUCAUUCCUCUGGCAGCCGGCGAUCUGUGCCGGUUCGUUGAUACGUGCUGCGAAGGCGGCGGUGGAUCGCAAGCUACCGACUCGGGCUACGACUAUGCUGUCGACGUGUGCCCAGGCAACGUCCACGGGUGCACUGAUCUGCAAGCGACUCGAUGACUUCGCUGCCGUCGCCGACAGCGUGCGUUCACACGGCCGUAUCACUCUUCGCUGCAAAAACAGGAUGUGCAGCAUCCUGCUCGACUGCUUGCUGGGCGCCUGCCUCGCCUGGGUCGUGCACUGGGACAACGGCUUCUCCGAGGAAGUGCCGUGGGCCUCGCUCGAGUGGACGGAGACGGUCGUCCAGCACCUGCAGACGCUCAUCCAGUGGCUGAUGGGCGCCCCUGCUGGACUGAAGCUGAACGCUGCUCUCAACAACGCGCUGGGACGCUUCUUCCUCUACCACAUAAGCCUCUGGAAGACGUACGUGGGCGUCGUGGACCCGUGGGUCGGGGCCCUGUUCAGCCUCUGGCCGGGCAGCCUGACCCUGCACCUGGCGCUGGCCUCGGACCUGCUUGCCCUGGCCACGGUGCACAUGUACUGCUUCUACGGCUACGCGUGCCGCCUCUACCAGGGCUGGGUGCGCGCGCUGGGCGCCCUCUGGCGGCUCUUCCGCGGACGCAAGUGGAACCCGCUGCGACGGCGCGUCGACUCGCACCGUUACGACGUCGACCAGAUGUUCGUGGGCACGCUGCUGUUCGGCGUGCUCUUCUUCCUGUUCCCCACCGUGGCCGUCUACUACGUCGUCUUCAUGGCGCUCCGAUUGGUCGUCUUGUGCAUCCAAGGAUUGCUAAGCCGUGCGGUGCUCGUGUGGGACUCGUUGCCCUUCUACACCCUGGCGGCAAGAACAGUCAGCGGACGCCCGAUUGUGGGGGACGUCCGCUUCGACGCCUUGUCAUCGGGACCGGAGUUCGCACUAUACAUGCAGGUGACCGGCGGAAGCGUGGAUUUGCUCCCAGAACCCUUGGGCUUCCCUUCGUGGAAGGACCUGUUGGCCGACCUCCUGGUUGGGCGCAUCGUCUAUCCGCUCUGAGCAAACUCCACGCCUAAUCUGGACAUUCGUUUUACGUCAGAGACGACGCGGCUUCCAAGCACCCGUAGUGAAAGGCGUGCCACACUCUAGUCGACGAAUUCCCGUUCAACGUGUUAUGAUCACUAAGAGACGAGUGCCGUUUCAGUGGAAAAGAAGGGCGCGCUGUUUACGGCUAACGGAUGAGGAAUCCAGUCUCCUGCACGCGGGGCAUGCUGGACAUUCCAGCCUGCCGGCCGAUUCUGCAAUACAGUUCGUCGUCGUCGAGGUAUUAUAUAGGAGAGAGCGCGAGCCUUCUUUAGGGGUAUUCAGAAAAAUAUAGCAUAUACAGUCAAACAUCGAUAUAACGAACAGAGAUAUAACAAGUCGUUGAAUAUAACAAAGUAAAUCUAAAAUGUUUUUCGUCAAUAUCAGCGUGUCACAAAUACAUGCUUAUAACGAAUAUUAGGUAUAGCGAAUGUAUUUUUGUGUUGAAUGCGGCUUACUUAUAAGCGAGAU